CGAUCUGCAUUCGAUUAUUCAGAUUUUAUACACAGUAUUCAAGGAAUCAACUCUAGUUUAAAACCAUGAAAGUUUUCAUCAUCUUAUUUGCCUUAAUUGCUGUAGCCUCGGCAGGAUUUAUACGUUCUGGUUGGUCUGGCGGCGGUGGCUAUGGUGGUGGCUAUGGAGGAGGCUAUGGAGGAGGUCAUGGAGGAUGGUCUAGCGGAGGUUAUGGUGGUGGUUACAGUGGUGGAUAUGGUGGUGGCUAUGGUGGUGGCUAUGGCGGUGGUUAUGGUGGUGGAUCAAAAAUCAUUAAAGUCAUCCGCAUUGGCGGUGGCCACGGAGGAGGCUGGAGCUCUGGUGGCUAUGGUGGUGGUUAUGGUGGCGGCAGUGGUUGGUGGUAAAGAUGUUAUGAGAAAUGUAUUGUAAAAAGUGUUAAAUAUUUCAUGAAGUACGCUGUGUUAAAUAUUAUAAAAUAUGUUUUGUAAAGUUAAAUAUUGUUUCGGUGAAGAUUAUGGAGAAAUAAAAUUCUGUUUAUAUAAAUGUUAAAUAAUAA